GCUGAGCCAGUGACAGCCGCCGUGUCUAUCUUGACAGCCAGCGCCAGCAGUGGCUCUCAACCGCGCAUGAUCCUCGAUCUGCUCCUUCUGAUCUUGGGACAUAUUCGUGUUAUUAAACGACGAGUGGAAUUUGAACAGCAGGAGUUUCUUCGUUUACAAGUAUAUAUUCUAAAAUAACUCUCUCUCGAGAGAGAGAGAGAGAAAGGGAGAAGAGAGCGAUCCCUGCGAUUGAUGAUUUCACCUAAUCUUCUUUAAAUUUCAGUUUGGCGAAUGGAGUGAAUGGAACGGGAUCGAGCAGCGUCACUGGCAAUCGAUUGGCGCAGCACGCGGAUACCUUGGGACGGCUCGCCGGUUCAACGCGCGUAGCAGAGUAAUAGCGUGCGGCGAUAUUUACCAUCGCCGCGCGAUUAUUACGCAGCCACGACACGGGCGAGACGGCAAAGUGGCGGUAUAUAUAUUUAGCAUGGAAGCCGGAUUUCGUGGAAUCGUCGCUGAUCAAACGUCGUCUCCCACCUUGCAAUCACGGAGCUUACGAAGUCGCAUGCAGGCUGCAACCUAAUCGCUCGCGGAUUGUGCAAUGGUGCCUCGCGACCGCGGGCCGUGAUUUCUCGAUUUCGUACUCGCGGACGAAAGGAAGAGAGUGCUGCGUGACACGGCGCGAUUAUGAUUACACGUACAUGUGUCGUGCAACGGUAAACGUGUCAAGGUAUACGUAAUCGGCACGUAUACACGUGAAGAGAAAGAGAUGUCGACUACCGUUGUGCUAGGACUUCUGCUGUUGGGAGGAGCAGCAGCGUGGACUGUCGAAAUCGCGAGUAACAUAACUGUGCACAUGAAUCAUGUAGAAUCAGUUCCAUUCAGCAUACACGAUACCGAAUCCAAUAUCGAUUCAAUAAAAUUAACAUUGACCACCACAGACAACGAUAUCGUGACAGCGAGUGCUCAUCUGUCAGUGCAGAAUGGGACCUCCCUCAAUGGCGUUUUAAAUAUCACCGGUGUGUUCCUGGGUAGAACAACAUUGAUAUUCACUCUGCUGCUGGAGAAUGGGACAGAGGACAGCCGAGAGGUUGCCCGCAUCAGUGUGGUACGAGAGGAGCGCGUGAUAGAUACUAUAUUCACUGCCAGCGUUGCAAUACUCGUGUCCAUUUUGUACAUCAACUAUGGCUGUGCGAUGGACUGGGACGUGUGUCGUGACACGUUAAAGAAGCCAAUCGGUCCAGUCAUAGGUUUCUUCUGCCAGUUCCUGAUGAUGCCGCUGCUGAGUUACAUCAUCGGACGUACCUUGUUUCCCGGCGUCCCGGAAAUGCAGAUAGGUAUGUUCUUCACGGGAGUGAGUCCGAGCGGCGGCGCCUCCAAUAUCUGGACCGUGUUGCUCGAUGGCAAUUUGAAUCUCUCGAUCACGAUGACCACCAUGUGCACCAUCGCUGCGUUCGCGAUGAUGCCACUUUGGAUCUUCACGUUAGGCAGGCAUAUUUUUGCGCAGGGUAAACUCACGGUGCCUUAUCGGCAGAUCGGUACCUUCGUCAUUGGCCUCAUAAUUCCACUAGUCAUAGGAUUCUUCGUUCAAAAGAAGCUUCCGAAAGUAUCGAGAAUAAUGGUGCGAAUAAUGAAACCCUUCUCCAUUAUUCUGAUUGCGUUCAUCGUCGUGUUCGCCAUCGUAACCAAUCUGUAUCUUUUCAAACUGUUCUCGUGGAAGAUUCUAAUUGCAGGUAUGGGCCUGCCCUGGUUGGGUUUCACGUUCGGCUUCAUAGCAGCGAAGCUGUGCAGGCAACCCGAAGCUGACAUACGUGCGAUAGCCAUUGAAACUGGUAUUCAGAACACGGGUGUGUCCAUCUUUCUGUUGCGAUUCACGUUGAACCCUCCUGAUGACGAUCUAACUACUGUGGUUCCUGUGGCCGCGGCGAUCAUGACACCAGUUCCUCUAGUGAUCCUAUAUGUAAUAAAAUUGAUUUAUCAGUACAAACAAAAAACGAAAGCAAAGUUGGAUCCAAUUCCUACGUUAGAUGAAUCAAACUAGAAGCCAUCAAGUGCGAUUAAUCAUUACAGAGCAAUAAUUCUUCGUCUCUGUAUUAGGGAUAGAUUAUAAGAACAAAUUGUAUGUACAUUGAUAAUUUCCAUUGAAAAUCCACGACAGAAAUCGUGAACGCCAUAUGGUUAUAAAUAAUGAAGCCUACAUUUAACCGGUACGGUUCAGCAAGAUUAUUUGAUGAUAUUUUCUUACGCUAAUAUUUGAUAGUCAUAUAUACAACUAACAAUGUUUGAAUUUAUUAAGAUAUAUUGUACAGCAGAGUUGUUCACAAAGAAUAUGUUAAUUAUAUCACGAACGUUAAAUUUGAUCUGCAUUUAUAUGUAAUAUGUUUAAAAGUGUUGAAAUUAAAGAAUAUUAUAUUUUU